GCUGAAUAUAACUUUGUCUUCCCAAGUGCUUCAAGAAACUAAUUGACACACACAUCAAAAGAUGGCUAGAUCUAGAUCAAGAUCACCAAGGUGGAAACACAGGUCCUUAUCACCUGCAUUUAGGAGUCCAGAACACCAUAGACAAAGAUAUGCUCAUAUUAAUUAUGACUGUGAAUAUAAGAGAUUUAGGAAAGACCUAAAGAAACCUGUGUCUUGGAGAGUGGAAGAUGGGAAAUACGGACAAAGCAAUUCUAGAUUUGCACCACAUGGGAAUAUCCCCCACAGAAUUUAUGAACAUAGAUCAUCUUCACCAAAUGUAAAAAGAAUUCCUUUAGAGGAUACGUAUAGUCGUAAACCCUAUAGAACACAUUCAUCAGAAAGGGGUGAAGGCAACAGGAGAUAUCAGUUUCCACCCAAAUACUCAGAAGUAUCCUACAAAGAACAUGAUCAACCUUUUUACCCACACAAAAUGCAAGAAAGAUAUAUUCCUGAGGACUUCAGAGUCACUGGAGAUGAAAAAGGAAUGAAACCUUUUCAUAGACCAUUAGGGGCUUCAUGUAAAUUUGAAAGAAAAUGGCAUGAAGAUGAAAUGAGGCACCAGAAGUUUCAGGAAGACAAAUAUGGUCAGUCACUCCGAAGAGCUUCUGAAGAAUUUACGACAAGGAGCUCUUUGCAGAAGAGGUAUCCUGAAGAUCGUGAUUACAGAGAACAUGGGCAUACAUCUAAAAGGGCUAAAGAAAUUGAGAGAGAUGACGGUGGAGAAAUAGCAAGAAAUCACAAAUGGAAGCAAGAUCGUUCUUUUCUACCCUACCAAAAAAAGGAGGAGCAAAGAAACAUUGGUCCACAAGCUCAUCGGUCUGCUGAAAGGGAGUACACAAAGAGUUCUGUUACGAAGAUAGCAUAUGACUAUAGUUACAAACAUCAUAGACACCCAGAUGGGACAAAAUCUUUUUCUGAUGAUAGAGCUCAGAAGUAUGUAAAGCAGGAAGACCAAAAAUAUAAUUCUCCUAAGGGUGCUCUGAAUAGCAAAGAGUUAGAUUAUUGUAGUGGUGGAAGAGUAAGACAGACUGAAGAAGGGCAUAAUGAAGUACCCAUUAAAUAUAGUUCAGAGAAGGGCUGCAAUGCAUGUGCCAACUCUUACAAAAAUGAUGUUGAUCUGAGACCCUUUAAUAACACAAAGAAGGAAAGAGUAAGGAAUGAAGGGGAUUUCAGAAAAAAAAUAGAUUCUUCUAAUAGCCAUCAUGACACAAGUCAUACAGUUUCAGAUGUGAAAAUGUCAGAUGUCACUCCUAGGAAGGAGCUGCUCACAAUCAAAGUGGAUAUGAAGAAAAUGAUGAACAAGUACAGGACUGCUUCUAGCCAUACUAUGGAGCGGCAGAUGUCACAUGAUCUGGUUGCUGUUGGCAGGAAAAAUGAAAAUUUUCAUCCAGUGUUUGAACACAUGGAAUCUGUAACACAAAAUGUCGAGAACAAUCCAUCAAAAGAAUUUACUCAGGAAAUCAUAACAAUUAUCCAUCAAGUUAAAGCAAAUUAUUUUACAUCUUCUGACCUAACUUUAAAUGAACGCUUCUCAAAAAUUCAAGAUAAACCAGUUGUAAAUUUAAAUGAAGUUAAAAUAUAUUCAGAUCCAGAAAUUCACAGGAGAAUUGAUAUAUCUUUGGCAGAACUUCAGAAUAAACUAGCUAUGCCAUGUGAAUCUGGACAGACUGUUGUGAGAGUUCUAGAAGAUCCAAAUGAUCUACGGCAUGAUAUAGAGAGGAGGAGAAAAGAGAGGCUGCAGAAUGAAGAUGAGAGAGUGUUUCACAUAGACAGUGUAAUUCAAAGGAAUGAGCACAAUGGUAGCUUUUCAAAAUUACAGAACUCUCAAAUUGAUGGAUUCCAAAAGCCUAUAAGAUUCCUAAAACCACCUUUCAGGAAAUUUAUUAGGAAACCUCACAUGAAUUCUUAUUAUGCUGCAAAAACAAAUGACAUCUUUACUCACAGACCAUUUGGAGGACACCUGGAAAAUCCAAGACCCUUCAGAAGACCCUUUAAGAGAGAGACAUGCAGGGGCAUAGCCUUGGAACCAUCUUCCUAACCACUCCUGCUAGGAUGAAGACCAGAAGGUGUGGAAGGAGAGGGAAGCUCAGUAGCUUUCUCCCAAGCUGGAAACAGUAGUGAUGGCUGUUGGAAAGCCUUGGGGCCUCCUCUCAUGGUAGGAGGCAGAUGCCUCCUGGUGGAAGAACUCCCCUGCUCAAUGCAAGAUGCCUGUCAAUUGGGGCACAGGCUGCCCAUUCACAUAGUUUAGGGGGAAUCUUGGUUUUUACCUUGCCAAGGUUCACGGGCUUAAUUUAGAAUUUUAAAAACAUUUCAGUUUCCCCUAUUGUGACAAUAUAUUUGCAUAAAGGAUGGUAUUGUAUUUAUUGUAUCCUGAGAACAGUCAGGUUUGGACUUAUUCUGAUCUCCUGUGAGAAGUUGAGCAUUUGGCAGCUAUCUGCCAUGAAUCCUGUGCCUCCAACUCCAAUAAGCUUCACCAUGGUCGCUGACGUGUUCAUCUUUCCUGGUAAAUGCAGCUUUCUCAGUAUAUCAUGGAUGGAUACAGGGUCUUUGAAAUAGAAAAAGGCUUCUAGGAAUUUGUAUAAAUGAGCUCCUCCCUUGUGCAAGCCUUUUUUAGCUGCACAUUGCAAGUUUACUGAAAAACUGGUACAAAAUAUAUUGCGUAUGUGAAGCACGUGAUUUUUUCCCCCCAACUCUGUCAGAUUGAUACGGAAUGUUACCAGAACACUCAAAAGCACUUUUCAGUGAGGGCUAUUUUCAUGACAAAUUUCAGCUUUCUUCUUCUAGCAGUUAAAGUUGUUCAUGAAAAGUUACAAGACUUUUACAUGGGGAAGGUUUCUGCUCUCCCUCUUGCAUUCUCCUUGUAUUCAAAAGCAGAUUUAACAAUUUUUUAUUAAAACUCCUUAAAAAAAAAAUCACCUUCUGUCAAGACCAAGUUUGAAAACUUCAAACAAAAUGUUCAAAAACAAUCUGAGAAACUAUAAUAAAUGAGGUUGGAAUUUUUUAUAUUAUUCUUAUACUGCACCCUUUUGUGUGGCAUCUGAGUGCCUGUGAAUGGAAAACAUAACACAAACUUAAUUAUAGUGGACACUGCUGCUCCCACUACAUAUGUUGUCUGUCCACUCUAGUAUUUAUAGUGCCAUUGACUUUCUAUUUCUGUUUCUCUGUGGCCUUCUCCCUCAGUUCUACUUCAAGUGAGUUUACAGUAGCCCAAUAUAGAGGUGAAGGAAGCAUAGCUCUGUGGCUAGGUGUUCUUCCUAUGGUUUUAAAGACUGAAGUGAUUCCAGGUAAAUUUGAUAUUUUACAUUCAACAUAUGAACCAGAGACAGCUCUUGGAUGCAAUCCUGGGUCCUUUAAAGUCAGUGGGUUGCCAUUGAGUUAAUCAGGCCAGGAUUUUACUCUUGAAGUUUACUUAUUAGAACAGCUGUUUAUAUAGAGAGAUGCUCACACACACCCCAAAAAGGAGCUUGUCUCUCCCCUUCCACCUCAUUUGUUGCCCACAUUAUACAACCUCUUCAGUGCUCAUAAUUUUGAUAUCAAAACCUGUUCUAUGCAGAUAACUUGAGCUACUUUGGACUGUUGCCCAGUAUGUGCGACACUGCAGUUCUGUGAUAUGAACAGUGAGUACGGGUCUGGGAAGUAUUUAAUAGGAGGCAAAGAAGAGGCAUAUGCAUUUAUAAAUGAAUAAUACUUCAGUACUGUAAGUUUUUGUGUGUGUAUAAUUGUGUAAUUGUAACUUUAAAAGAGUUGAAUACAAUAAAAUACAAAAGGCC